AUGUAAUGUUGUGACUACCUGACCAGUAAGGUUGAACACGUGUUUGGACAAAAUCUCUCUUUUUGGAACUUGUAGGACAGCCCUAUUUGCCACAAAGGGAUGUUUAUUUUAACGCAAACAAGGAUUUGUUGAAAGUGCUCUGGCAGGAAACAUGAGUGGCCAACGUCCCUCUGCUACGGCCAAAGAUAACGGCAUUACGCCAAUCCAACAGAUGGUGGCGUCCUGCUCCGGAGCAUUGCUCACUUCUCUGUUUGUGACACCUUUAGAUGUUGUGAAGAUCAGACUUCAAGCACAGAAAAAUCCUUUCCCGAAAGGAAAAUGCUUUGUCUAUUGCAACGGCCUUAUGGACCACAUUUGCGUGUGUAUGAACGGCAACAAGGCCUGGUAUAAAGCGCCAGGACACUUCAAUGGCACAGCGGACGCAUUCGUCAAGAUCGUACGUACUGAAGGACUCGGGUCCUUAUGGAGCGGUCUACCGCCGACCCUCAUUAUGGCCGUGCCAGCGACUGUUAUCUACUUCACCUGUUAUGACCAGCUGCGUGCGCGACUGAAGGUCAAGAUGGGCCAGCACGAGCAGUUCGCCCCUAUGGUGUCGGGGGCUGUCGCCAGAGUGGGCGCGGCCUCUGUGAUCAGCCCUAUCGAGCUUCUGCGCACCAAGUUGCAGUCAGAGAAAUUGUCGUAUCGGCAGCUUGGAACCUGCGUACGCAGGGCUGUGGGGGCGGAAGGUUGGCUGUCGCUGUGGCGAGGCCUGGGGCCCACGCUGCUCCGGGACGUGCCCUUCUCCGCCAUGUACUGGUACAACUACGAGCGUGGCAAGCAGUGGCUGUGCCAGCGCUACGGCACCAAGGAGCCCACUUUUGCCAUGACCUUCGUGUCCGGCGCCACGUCUGGAACGAUUGCGUCCAUCCUAACGUUGCCGUUUGACGUGGUCAAAACGAGAAGGCAGGUGGAACUUGGGGAGCUGCAAGCAAUGAAUUUAUCGCACAAGGCCUCUUCCACCAUCACUGUGAUGAAGAAGAUUGUAACCCAGCAUGGCAUUAAAGGCUUGUUUGCAGGUUUCUUACCUCGGGUCAUCAAAGUGGCGCCGGCCUGCGCCAUCAUGAUCAGCAGCUACGAGCUGGGGAAGGAUUUUUUCCGUAAGCACAACCGGGAUCGGGAACUUGGACCUCUGCACACCAGUGACACCUGAAAUAUGAUGAAUCUGCGCCCUCCCAACGCCAGGCUUGAAAAAGCAGAGCUGAGAAAUUAUUAAAAGUAUAUUCUGAUAGUAUUUAUGAUUUAAUAUUCCAUGAUGAUUCAAUCCUUUUUGCACAAGAAAUGUAGUGAACUCUGGCUAUUCAUGGAGGUCAAGGGACCGAGCUUUGCUGUGAAUAAUUGCCCACCCCUGUCUAAUUUCCUUUCUGAUUUCAUACAGAUGCUACAACAUUGUGGCAAAACACUCAAAACAGAGCGGAUCAUAAAGCAUCAACACACUACUUUCUGUCUGUACAUUAUCAUGAAUCAUUGAUACAUAAACGACGACAUUCAAGGAGAUGAAUUAUUCAACACAAACAAACCACGCACACAUAAAACUCAGUCAUAGUUUGAGCUAGCAUACUGGCAUUACUGUAAUAGCAUAUUAAUGCAGACUGGCAUGACGUCAAUCAUGGACAAACCCGUGUACACUAACACGUCAGACAAGCGGGGUUAAGUCAGCAAAUUCACCUUUUGAAAUUUACGCAUGAUGUUAGGGACUACCAGCAAACUGUGACGAUCAAGUUGACGGGCUAUUGGUAACUGCUAGAAAA